CCAUUAUUGACCUGUUGUCAUAGUGACUGAUCUAAUGCGAACAUGGAAACACAAUUUUUGGAGGCUGCUACUGGAACUGUGAAAGGCUGUCUAGGUAGAAAUGUCUUUGUGUGGACUGAUGCAGAUAUCACAACUCGGCAAGUUUCUCAGCUGAGACAAACCUCUGUUUCUAACGUUAAAAGCACACUUGCUGAUAUGUAUAAACUUCAUGAACAUGCUACAAAGCUGCAAGCUGAUACCGUAUUGGAUCUGUUUUUAAACACAAUCAGGUAUGCGAUGGACCAUGGCUUCUCUGAUGUACAGACCGCAGCCUUCUUUACCGUCGUGAAGAGACUACAUGAGAUGUGCACUUCGACGCCAUUUGAUAAUAUCGAGGAGUGCUUCCAAUAUUUCCGGGAGCUGAUGCUCUGCCAUUCCGUACAGAGACCGCCAUGGAGUAUAGCACUGUUCACAGCGCAGCAAGUGCAGUCAAUGGCUGAGCACGUUGUCCAUACUUAUUUCAAACAUUUUCUACUCUACAAGUAUGCCUUCACUCCGAAGCUGACAAUGGACAUAUCACUGAAGUAUAGCGACAGCAUGGAAAAAGAUUCCGUUGAAGAGACCAGUGCCAAAGAUAGUGACAGUGGUGAGAAUGAACAGGGAGUUAUCGAUGCACCCCUUGCUGUGUAGUGCAACAUUUAGUACGAGCAAGAAAUGCCAAAGGAAUGGAAACUCAUUUUAUGUUGUCCUAAAAAACGUGUUAUAUUAUUAAU